CCCACCACGGCCUGCUUGCUUCAAUUCCCAACCAAAACAGCAGAGCAGCCGCCGCCGGCUGUUGACCCCGCCGCCACCAAUUCGCCACCGCCGUCGCCGUCGUCGCCGUCGGGGCUCCCUUCUCCUGCUCCCCGCUACCCACUCCCCUGCCCUCAGUUUGUUGGCUGAAGCUAUGAAGUAGGUUGCGUCGCUGAGUCGUCGUACAAAUCAGAUCGUGAGCGGCAAAGCGGGGAGAUCAGAAGCUGAUGGGCGGCGGCGGCGGCGGAAAGGGCACACGGCGCCGCAGCUGCCUAUGCUUAAACAGUUAAUUCGGAUGGAAACCAAUGGGUCAUCUGCCAAGAGUCAGGAGAUCGGGUCAAAAAGAAAGUGGAAGAACCAACAUGAACAUACAGCGAAGCACAUCGCAUGGCAUUCCUUUGGGUACCAAGGCCACCAUCCGCAACAGAGGCCUGCACGGGAUGGUGCUUCACUCACCCCCUCGCCAGGGACGCAAAAUAAUUUCCAUGUUUCAGGAGACCGAUUCUUUCUGACGUCCAGCCCAUACCAGAAAGAUGUAGAAAGUAGGUACCUCCAGGACAAAAUGAACGGGACAAUCACUUGUUUGGUCUGUGGCAACCAAGGACAUUACAGUUGUGACUGCCGUUUCAAGGACCAAGAGCACAAAAUCAUUUGCGCAGUCUGUCGCAAAAAUGGCCACUGUAGCAUGUGGUGUUGCCAGCAGAACAAGUCGGAGAAUCGCGCUUGCACCCGCUGUGGAGAGAUAGGGCAUACUACCAGUACACAUGGUCUCGGUUGCUCAAGCUGUGACGAGUAUCAUGACGACGGAGAGUGCCGUUUAAGCGAGGUUAAAUGCUUCAUCUGUGAAUGUCAGGAUCAUUAUCUUGCUCAGUGCCCCUUGAAUUCAGUAUUGACUGAGGCAUUUCAGGGUCAGAGAGACAACUUCCAAGCCGCUCUGCGGCUUGCACUAUCAAAACAACGCAACCCAUCAUCUACACCUCCCAAGUGUUAUGCAAAAUCAGAAGGAAAAGUACUGACCGCCAACAAGUCUAUUCCAAUUUGCUUUACAUGCAGUGAAGAAGGUCACUUUGCCUUUCAGUGUCCUCAGAACAGCCCCGGCCAGUCCGAAGAAUUUGAAGAGAGCAACACUAUAGCUACAUCCGCCAACCUGUCCAAAGAAUUAGAAGAACGGGACCCUGAUACAGGUACUGCUAAACAAUCAUCAGAAAGGAAGCCGAUAUUGUACGAUCAGUGUUGCCCCUCAAAGGCAAAAGUACUGACCCCCAACAAGCCUAGUCCAAUGGUUAGAACAUGUAAAACAAAAACAAAAGGGAAGAAAAGUAUGUGCUUUACAUGCCGUGAAGAAGGUCACAAUGCCCAUAUGUGUCCGCAGAAGUUCGGAGCUAUAUCUGGCAACACAUCAAAAGAAUUAGAAGAGAGCGGCACUAUAGGUACAUCCUCCAACAUGUCCAAAGUAUUGGAAGAACAGGACCCUGGUACCGCUAAACAUUCAUCAGAAAUGAAGUGGGUUCUUGGAUGUGUUAGCUGUGGUCAGGAAGGGCACAGGGCCAAGAGCUGUCCAACACGAGUGUUUAUAUGCUCCUUAUGCAAUGAAGAAGGCCACAAAGCCAAGAAAUGCCCUCAGAAGGGCCAGAAAUCAUCAGAAAUGAAGCGUAAAUCGAAUGUCCGAUGUGUAAGGUGUGGUGAGGAAGGGCACAAGCGCAAGAAGUGUCCGUUGAAACAUCAAUCAUAGACCGUCCACAAGUCUAGUCCUUUGGUUACAGUAGACAACACAUCAACACGAGUGGUUACAUGCUUCCGCUGCAAGGAAGAAGGCCACUGCGCCAAUCGAUGCCCUCAGAAGCACCAGAAGCGUUAAGACUGUUCCACCAAGAGCUAUCGGUAAAGCAAACAGUAGUACUCAUAAUGACUAUACAUGGCAUUACAUUUUCAAUCACGCCGAUAAGCAGCUUGGGAAGAGAUCUUGGCACUAAAGAUACAACCAAGGGGAAAAAUACUCACUGAGCUGAGCCAGACCUCCUCCCUUGACUAAAAAGUUACUGCACAGUUACCGUCUUUUUCUUUAGAUACUCUAGCGGUUGAAAAGUUUUCAAUGAAGGGCAUUUUAUAUCAUGUGUUUUUGGAAUGUCUUUCUCUGAGAUGAUGUUGGUGCCAAUUGACGAUCUGACAAGAAGGCAUUCCCAAGAUGGGAUUCACAACCAGUUGCAUUGUGCAAGUUUACUGGCAUAUUCCUUGGUAGUAAAUGCUUCUCCAUACUUCAUGUGCUUGAUGAACAAGUGUACGGGAUACAUCUGGGGCAUCAGUAGACAGCACAGAGGAUGGAAAGUGGGAACUCGCCGUGUGAAACUGUGCGCUCUUGAGGGCUCAUCUUUGAAUUACAAAUCAUAUUUUUAAAGUUUACAAAAUAUAUGAAAGCAUACACAAGUACUUAAGGCUGUAUUCUACAUGUGUGUAAAGUUUCAUGAUGAGAUACUUGAAGAGUUGAGCUCCACAACAACAAAAAACAAAUUCAUGUGUAAAUAUCUUUGGCCUCUUUUUUUUAUUGUUCAAUUUUUCAAGGAAAACCCCGCUAAGGGCAUCUUCAGUGCGGACCCUCAAAACGCCAGCAAUUGUUCGGACCGAGGGGCCCAUUGACCCCACAGGGCCUCUCCAUGUGGGUGGGCCCUUGGUCGCCUGGCUUGGCCACGUGGGGGCCUGGGAUGACCCCCUGGCCUCUCCCGGCAUUUUUCUAGAAUCUUCACAACUUGGAAAAAUCAUAUUAAAUCCCCGGUAUAUUUUGACCUCUGUAGAUAUGGAUUUUUUGAAAAGUCAAAAAUAUGUAGAAAACAACAAUACGCUUUGAGCACUAAAUUAAUGGUUUAGUCCAAAAAAAUUGCUAUAAAAAGUAUUCAAAAGUGAUAUUAUAAUAGCAUGAAAUAAUAAAAAAAUAUAGAUACGUUCGAGACAAAUCAAAUAUACUUUAUCAUUGAGAGGUCGGAUCCGAACCUCUUACACUAGCUCCGGCACCCCUCAUAUCCUCGAUUCCCUCCGCUCGAAGUUAGCUGCGGAGGCCAGACGUCACCGGCAGGAGAUGGAGGCGCAGCAGGCCGCGAAGGAGGCAGAGAUGCUCUCCUACAUGGAUGAGGUCGAGCAGGAGAAGGAUGAGCCGGAGCCGUCCUACCCGCCCGUCCAGCCGGCGUCCGACACCGUUGUCGUGGACAUCUUCGACGAUGAAGAUUAGCUAGGAUAGCACGUAGUAUGUAGUACGUAUGAUUUUUUUGAUAUAAAGGUUAAAAUAUGAAAGACUCUAAUGCAGACUAGCUAUAAGGCUUGAAUGCAGACUAGCUAAUUUGAGGCGUGACAGAGGGCGUUUGGCCGGAGAUGCUCCAACAGUGUUCUUGUUUACCCUUUCCUCAAUCCGUCAUCCCUACUCGUUGCUGCUUCUAUUUUCCCAUCCCCAACAAAGGUUGAGAAUCGAACCCCCCGACCGAAUCCAUCGCCCCCGGUUGUUGAUCCCGCCGCCCGAGCUUGCUGCUGCACAGCCAUCGCCGCCGCCGCCGCCGCCGCCGCCGGUCUCCCUUGUCCUGCUCACCGCUGCUCACGCCCCUCAGUUCAAGGCACGGCGUCAUUGGGUUUGAGGUAUGAGUGGACCUGGCCGUUGGGAUGCGCACCAUGGAUGAUUCAAUGGCUCCACCAUGGAUACUCGAUUGCUGGAACAUAUAUAAUGUUGAUCCCUAGUUAUAUUGCGGUUAAUUUGUCGAGCUGCACCUUACGGCCCUUGAUCCGAAGUGACUACAUAAUGAUAUAAUCAUAGAACUCCAAUCUAACUGAAAACAUGGAAAUCCUACAUUGUGCUUGUAUAUACGAGUUAUCCCAAGUUCCAUUGCCUGUUUAGUCAAAGAAGUUUGAAUAUUGGUCUGAGAAAUGUAGAAGUAGAGUACAGCCUGUUAGUUAGCAGCUUUUGAUUAUAAACCGCCAGAUUUUGACAGCUUUGUAAAUUAUGGCUGUUACCUUGUAAUGUAAUUUAGGUAUAGAAUGUUUCCG